GAUCUAGCACAGCGGAUGCAAGCAGAGAAGGUGCUCUUGGAGCUUAUUGACAGCCCUGAAUGUCUCAGCCAGUGUCAACUUUUACUAGAACAAGGAACAACAUCCUAUGCUCAGCUUCUAGCAGCAACAUGCCUUUCCAAACUUGUAAGCAGAACAACUCCUUUACCCAUCGAACAAAGAAUUGACAUCAGGAAUUAUAUUCUGAACUACGUAGCCUCUCAACCCAAACUGGCUCCUUUUGUCAUCCAGGCUCUUGUUCAGGUCAUCGCUAAAAUUACAAAAUUAGGAUGGUUUGAGGUUCAAAAAGAUCAGCUCAUCUUCAGAGACAUUAUUGCUGAUGUAAAAAAAUUUUUACAGGCGACUGUAGACCAUUAUAUCAUAGGAGUGAUGAUCCUUUCAGAACUGACUCAGGAAAUGAACUUGGUAAGUAUGUAUAGUUUUUUCCCUUUUGUUGAUUAUUCAAGACCUUCAGCGAAACAUCGUAAAAUAGCUACCUCAUUCCGUGACACGUCUUUAAAAGAUAUUUUGAUGCUGGCAUGCUCUCUUCUAAAGGAGUUAUUGGCCAAACCUUUAAACCUUCAGGAUCAACAACAACAAAGUUUAGCAAUGCAUCUCUUGAAACUUGUCCUCAACUGUCUUAACUUUGACUUCAUUGGCAAUUCAGCAGAUGAGUCCGCAGAUGAUCUAUGCACCGUACAGAUCCCAACAAACUGGAGAACAAUCUUCCUAGAACCAGAGACCUUGGACCUGUUUUUUGAUUUGUAUCAUUCCCUUCCACCAGUGCUGUCGCAGUUGGCACUUUCCUGUUUGGUUCAGUUUGCUUCUACAAGAAGAUCUUUAUUUAGCAAUCCAGAACGCGCCAAGUAUCUUGGGAAUCUAAUCAAAGGAGUGAAAAGAAUCCUUGAAAAUCCUCAGGGUUUAUCUGAUCCAGGUAACUACCAUGAAUUCUGUCGUUUUUUGGCUCGACUAAAGACAAACUACCAGUUGGGAGAACUAGUAAUGGUGAAGGAUUACUCAGAGGUUAUCCGAUUGAUAGCCAAUUUCACUAUUACUAGUUUACAGCACUGGGAGUUUGCUCCAAACAGUGUUCACUAUCUGCUAACUCUGUGGCAGAGAAUGGUAGCAUCGGUACCUUUUGUGAAAUCAACAGAACCACACCUCUUAGAUACAUAUGCACCAGAGAUCACAAAAGCAUACAUUACUUCGAGACUGGAAUCUGUUCCUGUAGUUAUAAGAGAUGGUCUGGAAGAUCCUCUGGAUGAUACAGCUACUGUAUUUCAGCAGCUGGAGCAACUCUGCACAGUCAGCAGGUGUGAAUAUGAAAAGACCUGUGCACUUCUUGUACAGUUGUUUGACCAAAAUGCACAAAACUACCAAAAGCUAUUGCAUUCUUCUAGUAGGAAUCCACUAGAAAUCACAGUCCAAGAAGGACGUCUGGCGUGGCUGGUAUAUCUUGUUGGUACUGUUGUAGGAGGAAGAUUAACUUACACCAGUACAGAUGAACAUGAUGCCAUGGAUGGAGAAUUAUCCUGUCGAGUUUUUCAGCUGAUAUCCUUGAUGGAUGCCCAGUUACCACGGUCUAGUAAUGAAAAAGUAGAACUUGCGAUUCUCUGGUUUUUGGAUCAAUUCCGUAAAACAUAUGUGGGGGACCAGCUUCAGCGCACCUCAAAGGUGUAUGCCCGAAUGUCAGAAGUCUUAGGAAUAACAGAUGACAACCAUGUUCUAGAAACAUUUAUGGCAAAAAUUGUUACAAACCUUAAAUGUUGGGGAAGAUGCGAGCCUGUGAUUUCAAGAACUCUUCAGUUUCUAAAUGAUCUUUCUGUUGGUUAUAUUCUCUUAAAAAAACUUGUGAAAAUAGAUGCUGUGAAGUUCAUGCUUCAGAAUCACACAAGUAAACACUUUCCUUUUUUGGGAGUGAAUGAUAAUUACAGUCUCAGUGACCUUAGAUGCCGAACAACUUUCUACACUGCUCUCACUCGCCUGCUCAUGGUAGAUCUAGGUGAAGACGAGGACGAGUUUGAGAAUUUCAUGCUACCCCUUACAGUUUCAUUUGAAACUGUAACUCAGAUAUUCAACAAUAGUUUUAAACAAGAGGAGGCAAAGCGUAUGUUGAUCGGGCUGGCAAGAGAUCUUCGAGGGAUUGCCUUUGCACUGAACACAAAGACCAGCUACACCAUGCUGUUUGACUGGAUAUACACAUCAUACCUUCCCAUUCUACAAAGAGCUAUUGAGCUGUGGUAUCGUGAAGCAGCAUGUACAACUCCGAUCUUGAAGCUUAUGGCAGAGCUUCUGCAAAACAGGUCACAGCGUUUAAAUUUUGAUGUAUCAUCUCCUAAUGGAAUUCUUCUCUUCAGAGAGGCUAGUAAAAUGAUUUGCACUUAUGGUAAUCAGAUCCUGUCUCUUGGGACUCUGUCAAAAGAUCAGGUUUAUCCACUGAAACUCAAGGGCAUUUCCAUCUGCUAUUCUGCACUCAAAUCUGCCUUAUGUGGAAAUUAUGUCAGCUUUGGCGUCUUCAAGUUGUAUGGGGACAACCACUUUGACAAUGUACUCCAGGCCUUUGUCAAAAUGCUGCUUUCAGUAUCCCACAGUGACUUGCUUCAAUAUCGAAAACUAAGCCAGUCAUAUUACCCGCUCUUGGAAUGUCUCACCCAGGAUCAUAUGAGUUUCAUUACCAGUUUAGAACCUCAUGUGCUAAUGUAUAUUCUUACCUCAAUAUCUGAAGGACUUACUGCACUGGAUACAAUUGUCUCCUCCAGCUGUUGUGCUAGUUUAGACUAUGUUGUUACCUACCUCUUCAAGCACAUAGCAAAGGAAGGCAAAAAACCAGUAAGAUGUAGAGAAAUAUCACAGGAUGGACAAAGAUUACUGCACUUCAUGCAACAGAACCCUGAAGUACUACAGCAGAUGAUGUCGAUUCUGAUGAACACCAUCAUUUUUGAGGAUUGCAGAAACCAGUGGUCUGUGUCCAGACCACUGCUAGGGCUUAUACUUCUCAAUGAGAAGUACUUCAGCGAAUUAAGGGCAAGCUUGAUAACCAGCCAGCCUGACAACAAACGAGAGGUCCUUGACCAGUGCUUUAGGAACCUAAUGGAAGGAGUGGAGCAAAACCUUUUGGUAAAGAACAGAGACAGAUUCACCCAGAACAUGUCGGUCUUUCGAAGAGACAUGGCUGAUGCCCUGCGCUGUGAAGGGGCUACGGAAGCAAGCAGUUUAGAUAUGAUGAGUUGA